UCCGUGACGUCAUCGAUCCGCACGAACACCGUAGCUUCCUGUAUUCCUCAUCCAACAGAACAUUCACGACCUCACAUAAAAAAUAUGACGUCUGCCGUGGCUAGUGCUCUGGCAUCCGGUACUAGGGCCGAAGAAAUGGAUAUCUAUCUUAAUAGUGUCGCCAUCAAACGGGAGCCGGAGGAACUAACGGACUCUCUAAGUUUAGUUAAUCGUAUUAAAUCCAAUUCACUCUCAUCGACUGAUUCAAUCAAACACGAUCAUAGGAAAUCUGUACCCCCCUCGCUCAUCUCCUCUCUAUCCAAUGGGGAUACCGCCUUGUCCCCCGGAUAUCCUUCCCCCACUCAGACCAGUACUGCCAUACCCGUGCUCGUGCAGGUCAAACAAGAAAGCCCUUCCCCUUUGGCCAUGACAUCUCAAUCCUCUGAUCUAAAAUCUCCUGGUCAAGCCAUUGAUCUGGUGACAGUAGCCGGCGACACUUCUCCUGACAUUAGCAAGGGUCGUGAGAUAGACACGUGUUCUCCCCAACCCACUGUAACAUCUUUACAGGCAGCAGCCGUUGUUACACAACCGUACAACUCUGUACAGGUUUUCUCUGAUAUACCGUCGACGCAGUCUAGUUACGAGCCGCUAGGGGUCGGCCAGUACAGUAUCCUGGCCAAUGCUGUGGUCACCGUUCCCCAAUACGUUACACAGAGUUCUCUGGUCAACCGGACGGCAGGGUCGACUAUCUAUACACUGACCGCUGCAGAUCACUACAGAGACUUGUAUGCUUAUAUUGGCACACCCGUUACUGAACAGUAUCAAACUGGUCGUCAGCAGAUAGCUUCGUACCCAGAUACUGUCGAGAGUGUGGCCCUUGUUGACCGCUUCAUCCGCCAGAAUAGCAACUAUAAGACUGUGCAUGGACUGACCGCUGACCUUCCCUCGCCCGAUAGUGGAAUCGGAGAGGCUACGAUUACACCACGAGAUGGCGCUGGUCUUCCCCAGGUAAGUGUUUUUGUUUUUUUUCUGUUUCUGUUGCACGAAAGCUUACU